AUGGAUUCCCACCCUUCCAGGGGCCGGCUGGCCAGAAGGUGCACUGAAUUUAUUUCAGGACGAGCCAAGAGGAUACCGUCGACUCGCAGGUUGCUCUUCUUAGUGGCCCCGGGAGUUGACGCCAUCAGCUCUGCGGAUUGCUGGGUUGGAGGUUGGACUCCUGAAAUCUGCUGCAGCGCACCUGGUGCCAAAGGCAAUCCGCUUUGUUGGGAUUCAGUCUUUACCUUUGACAGAUGCUGCACAGAAACGGAGGAGGGCAUCCAGUUUGAUCUUCGCCGUCGAAACUUUGUGGCCGACAUGGUUAGGAGGGGGGCCACUGUGCACUUUGACAUCCGACAUGUCUCUGGUGGACGCACAGGGGCCGUAGCUUCCAGGGCGCUUUCUGCUCGAUCAACCGUUCUGAGAGUGCCAUCGACACAGGUUUUUUCGCUGAAGAGCGUGCAUGCGGCGGUCAUAGAAGCUUCCAGGCAGAAUAGCUGUGAUGCACAUGCAGUUUUGGGCCUGGGCUUGGCUUUGGAAAGGGUCAACCCAAGUUCAGUUUUGGCAGACUGGAUCAAGCUUCUGCCUCUUACCUUUGCAAACGUUCUUUGGUUUUCUGCCAGGCCAUUAAGCGAAAGAACAAUUGCGACACACCAGUGUCAUGCAGAUGCCAGGAUUGUUCAGGAGAUAUCGGUGCAAUUCUGA